GGCUCUCGCUUCGGCGCUGGUCGAUGCUGUGCGAACCGGGGCGGCAGAGGGACGAGGAGCCCCGAGGAGAGUAUCUGCAGCCCCUGCAGAGCGAGCGGAUCCUUCCGGCAGCUCCUUUGAGAGUGGUUUUCCCUCUGUCCCUUGUACAGGCCUUCCUGUGUCUGACACGAAGAAGCUCCACUUCACACUGAACAUGGAGAACGAGGAAAAGUUACUCAAUGAAGGCGAAGAAGAGGAAAUGAAGAUCUGUGGCUAUGCCCUGUGCCGAUGGAAGCUGGCGCUGGUGGCCGUGGGGGCGCUGGGCACCUGCGGCUUCCUCCUCCUCCUCCUCUACUGGAAGCCCGAGUGGCUGGUGAAGGCGACGUGCCGGAGGGCCCCGCUUGCCACGUGCGAGGUGGUGCUGCUGAGAACAACGGAUGAAUUUCAGAUGUGCUUUUGUGCGAAGGUUCGCGUGGCCCUUGCUCUGGGGUCCCACCCGUUGCAGGCUCCCGAGUGCCUGGCAGAGGAGGCCACCGAUGGCUGCGGCGGUCAUGCGCACCCGGAUGGCUCCGAAGAGGAGGGGAGUGGCCGGAAGAGGCGUCCACAGUGCCGGCUGCAGGAGGCCCGUUAUUUCACCCACCACAGCAUGAAGUAUUUCUGGAAUGAGGUGACCCAAAACUUUGGCUUGAUAAAGGGCCUGGAGGAGGCCACAUCCUGCUCUUCAGUGCACAACGAGCACAGCACGGGGCUGACGGAGGCCAUGCAGGAGUACAGGCAGUUGUUCUACGGAGUAAAUGAAAUUGCCGUGAAGGUGCCCUCCAUUUUUAAGCUUUUGAUCAAGGAGGUCCUCAACCCUUUUUACAUUUUCCAGCUGUUCAGUGUGAUAUUGUGGAGCACAGAUGACUAUUACUACUAUGCAGCAGCCAUCAUGCUGAUGUCUCUGAUCUCCAUUGCCAGCUCCCUGUACGCCAUCCGGAAGCAAUACAUGAUGCUGCAUGACAUGGUGGCCGCCCACAGCGUCGUCAGGGUGUCCGUCUGCAGAGCCAGUCAAGGAAUUGAGGAGAUCCUGUCCACAGACCUCGUGCCUGGGGACGUGGUCGUGGUCCCGCUGAACGGGAUGAUCAUGCCCUGCGAUGCCGUACUCGUGAGCGGCACUUGCAUCGUGAACGAAAGCAUGUUGACAGGGGAGAGCGUGCCCGUAACGAAGACCAGCCUGCCCAGGCCCAGCGAGGAGCCCCAAGCCCCGGAGGACGGGCCCUACAGCCCGGAGGGGCACCGCAGGCACACCCUGUUCUGCGGCACCACCGUCAUCCAGACCCGCUUCUACACCGGAGAGCUCGUCCGAGCCGUCGUCGUGCGGACAGGCUUCAGCACUUCCAAGGGGCAGCUGGUCCGCUCGAUCUUGUACCCGAAGCCGACGGACUUCAAGCUCUACCGAGACGCCUACCUCUUCCUGCUCUGCCUCGUGGGCGUGGCGGGAGUCGGGUUCCUCUACACGGUUGUCAUCAGCAUCCUUCACGAGGCGCCGGCCGAGACCAUCCUCAUCAAGUCCCUGGACAUCAUCACCAUCACGGUGCCCCCGGCCCUGCCGGCGGCGCUAACCGCCGGGAUCGUGUAUGCCCAGCGGCGGCUGAAGCAGCACGGCAUCUUCUGCAUCAGCCCCCAGCGGAUCAACAUCUGCGGCCAGAUGAACCUCGUGUGCUUCGAUAAGACGGGCACCCUUACCGAAGAUGGCCUGGAUCUCUGGGCGAUCCAAAGAGUCGAAAAUGCCCGUUUCCUUUCGCCCGAAGAGGAGGUCUGCAGCGAGAGCUUGGUCAAGUCCCCCUUCGUCGCUUGCAUGGCAGCCUGCCAUUCCCUGACGAACAUCGAGGGCGUGCUUUCGGGAGACCCCCUGGACCUGAAGAUGUUCAAGGCCACCGGAUGGAUUCUCGAAGAAGCAACCGAAGAGGAAACAGCCCUCCAUAAUCGGAUCAUGCCCACUGUAGUGCGCCCACCGAAGCAGCUUCUUCCGGACGCCAAGCCUGUGGCUGACAAAGAAAUGGAGCUCUUCGAGCUUUCGGCGAGUUACGAGAUCGGGAUCGUGCGGCAGUUUCCGUUUUCUUCCGAGUUGCAACGGAUGUGUGUGGUGGCGAGGGCCCUCGGGCAGAAGCGCAUGGAUGCCUACAUGAAGGGAGCCCCAGAGGUGGUCGCCGGGCUGUGCGCGCCAGAGACGGUGCCUGCUGAUUUCGAAAGGGUGCUGGAGGAAUACACCAAGCAGGGCUUCCGGGUCAUCGCCUUGGCUCACCGCAAGCUGGAAUCCAAACUGAGCUGGCACAAGAUACAGAACGUAGGCCGAGAUGCCAUCGAGGGCAACAUGGAUUUCAUGGGGCUAAUUAUAAUGCAGAACAAGCUCAAGCAGGAAACCCCAGCUGUCCUUGAGGAUCUGCAUCAGGCCAACAUCCGCACCGUUAUGGUGACAGGCGACAACCUGCUGACGGCCAUCUCGGUGGCCAGGGACUGUGGCAUGAUCCUGCCCGAAGACAAGCUGAUCAUUGCUGAGGCGCUGCCUCCGAGGGAUGGGCAGACGGCCCGGAUCAGCUGGCACUACGCGGAUGCCCUCACCAGGAGCACCGGCUGCUCGCCAGCCAUCAGCCCAGAGGUUAUUCCCAUCAAGUUGGCCCACGAAAGCCUGGAGAACCUCCAGGUGACCAAAUUCCAUUUUGCCAUGAGCGGAAAGUCCUUUGCCGUGAUCCAGGAGCACUUCCAGGACCUCAUUCCAAAGCUCGUGCUGCACGGCACCGUCUUUGCUCGCAUGGCGCCCAACCAGAAGACCCAGCUGGUGGAGGCCUUGCAGAACGUCGACUACUGCGUGGGCAUGUGUGGCGACGGAGCCAACGACUGUGGUGCGCUGAAGCGGGCGCACGGGGGCAUCUCCCUGUCGGAGCUGGAGGCCUCGGUGGCAUCGCCAUUCACAUCCCGCACGCCCAGCAUCUCCUGCGUGCCCAACCUCAUCAGGGAGGGCCGCGCUGCUCUCAUCACCUCCUUCUGCGUGUUCAAGUUCAUGGCCCUGUACAGCAUCAUCCAGUACGUCAGCGUCACCCUGCUGUACUCGAUCCAGAGCAACCUGGGAGACUUCCAGUUCCUCUUCAUCGAUAUGGCGAUCAUUCUGGUCGUGGUCUUCACCAUGAGCCUCAAUGCGGCCUGGAAGGAGCUCGUGGCGCAGCGGCCGCCCUCCGGCCUCAUCUCGGCGCCCCUGCUCUGCUCCGUCCUCUCGCAGAUCCUCAUCUGCCUCGGCUUCCAGAGCCUGGGCUUCUUCUGGGUCAGGCAGCAGCUCUGGUACAAGGGCAGGAGCCCGCUCUCGGAUGCCUGUAACGAGUCCAGAGCCGCCCUCGGCAACGCUUCUGCGCGCACGAACGUGUCAGAGUCCGACAAGCACAAUAUCAGGAACUACGAGAACACGACCAUCUUCUUCAUCUCCAGCCUGCAGUACCUCAUUGUCGCCGUCGCCUUCUCCAAGGGAAAGCCCUUCCGGCAGCCUUGCCACAGGAACUACCUGUUCGUGUUCUCGGUGCUUGGCCUCUGCGCCUGCAUGCUGCUCAUCAUGCUGCACCCGAUGCAGCCCGUCGACCGGUUCCUGGAGCUGGUCUGCGUGCCCUACUUGUGGCGCCUCUCGGUGCUCCUCAUCGUGGUCGUCAAUGCCGGCGUGUCCAUCCUCGUGGAGAAUUUCCUCCUUGACAUGGUCCUUUGGAAAGUUGUCUUCAACCGAGACAAGCGAGGGGAAUACCGCCUAGCCUCUUACUCCUCCUCCUCCUCCUCCUCCUCCCACCACCCAUCACAGGAAGCGCUGAACCGCUGGCGAGGAAGCUUCGUGCCUGCCCUGCUCCGCUUCAGGAAGAAGCCCCCGCAAGCGAAGUACAUGCACCUGGCCCAGGAGCUGCUCGCGGACCCGGAAUGGCCGCCCAAGCCCCACACCACGACGGAGGCCAAAGCCCUGUCCCGAGAAAAUGGCUCGUGCCACAUCAUCACCCCGACGUAGCAGCAGGAGCCUGCUGUCCGCCCCGCAGUGGGGCUCAGGGAUGCUGCAGCUGGCCGCGCACACGGGUCUCGAGCGCGGCCUCCGCCCCACCUCUCCCUUUCCCUUGGCGUCCAGUGAGAGAGAACCUUGUCCGGCAGGCACAAAACGCCGGCUCUUCCAGAGGCCUCCCGGGGCUCCCCCUUGGCCGCUCCCGUGCGCAGGCUGCACCACGGGGCACCCGUGGACCCUCUCCUGGGCCUCUGGCCCCAGCAACACCCAGCAGGCGCCUGCCUGGGCCUGGACCGCGGCGAGCGAGAGCGCCAGUGCUGCCAAGCCCGUCUCCAGAGAGCCAGCUUGCCUGUCCGUGGCGGAAGCCUGCUAGUCCACAGAGACCCACGCCAAGCGGCCGGCUCCACCCUGGCCUGACGGAGCAGCAGUCCUGCGCUGGACCUCCUGGCCGCCCACCUGCAGCCGGCUGGACGGGAGAUGCUGCCUGCCACGGACUGGCCCUCUCGCCCUGGCUCAGCACAGGGAGGGGGCGGGGGGCGGCGUCCGUGCAUCCACGUUCCUGCCACCCCGUCUGGUGAAACGCGCCCCAGAGCUGCGGACGCUGCCCCCAGCCUCGGACCUGUUUAUGCACUUGUGUGGGGGCAAGCGGGGAGCCAUUCCUCCUUCCGACGGGGAACUCGGGCUGGCGGGUGCCCAGGCCAGUAGGCUGUCAGGGCUGGCCACCCGUGCCUCCGCCAUCCGCCCUCCGACGUCGAUGGGAUCCGGCGAGCAAGGGGCCAUUUCCGCCCUAGGCGCCCCCAUCCCGGGCGGCUGGCGGAGGAGCAUCAGGGCCGGCCCACGGCCGCCUCGCCUCGGCGGCUGCCCCGAGCACUUUGGUGGGUGCUGCUAGAAGCAGCUGUCGGCCUUCUGGAAGAGGCGACGGGCCCCCAAGCGCAGCAGCAUGGAAGCGCCCGGAAACGGUUGUGGUUAAAGUCCGUGGGGCUCCCGGUGGUUGGGCUGCGUGCGCCUGUUCUCCCCCCCGCCCCAUUCCGAGGAGACCCUCGCACACGUGCCGCUGCCACCAUGUGUGGCGCACGCACCGGCCCGGGAUGGGGAAGCCCAGAGCCAAGGGGCCCGGCCCAGCCACGAGGGCUCCUCCGCCCGGGAAGGGGGCGCUGCGCCCCUCGGGUGGGGACACGGGCACUGUGCCGCCGCCCGCCUGACAUCAUCCCCCAGGGGCUGCUGAGCCUCCUCGGAGGGCGGCUGGCGCACGAGGCGGCUGCUCCCCUGGCUCUUGCCCGAGCUCUUUGCCAGGCGGCCCCGGCACCCUCGGGGCAUCCCUUCCGGGCAGGCCGUGGGGCUCCCGCGAGUGCCACGCAGCGUGGAGGCAACGGAGGGGUGGGAGGCAAUCGCCCCUGGGGGGGGGUGGCUGGUCUGCCCCCGGGGGGCAGCUUGGGUCUUCACAGGGGUGGGGCGGGAGCAAAGGGGGCGCUGAUGCAGCCCCCUCCCCCUCAGAAAAUGGAACCGGUUAUUCGGGCAGGAAAGGAGUUACCUCAAGAAGCUGUGCGCCCCUUGGCCGGGAGCAGCGGCGGCUUGCGUGCGGGGAGGGGAGGCCGUGUGUGUGUGUGGGGGAAACGGGAAGGGGCAGCAGGUGGGCAGCACAGCCUCGUGCGUCUUCCAGGCACGUCUCUCUCCGGCCGUGCUCGUGCUGGGGGGCAGCGGCUGCCGGGGAGCCCCCUUGGGGGUGCUGGCGGGGGCCGCCUCAUGCCGGGGCCCUUGAGUGAAACAGUUUGCACGUGUUUGGCACACCUGGGGCCGGAGCCCCCCUGUCCCUGGGGCUGGGCGGGUGGGUCGCGCCCGUCGCUCCUUCGGGCGGGAGGCAUCCCUUCCACAGCCUUCGCCGAACUCCCCGGGGACCUUGCGGUGGGGGCACCCGUCUCCCGCCAGCCGUUGGGAGAGGUUUCGCCUGCUCAGGUCUGGGGAAGCCGGGAGCGUCGCGGCUCUGCUCGGCUCCCACUUUGCGCUCCUGGGCUGGUGGCAUUAAAAUCAGCAACCGGAAGGAUCCAUGUUUCUGUGAAAUCUUCCUGCACGUCAGGUGAGCAACAUAAUUUAGGGAGACCUUUGCCAUGCUUCGACGAGGGCUUUGUUUUGUAUUUCUGCAGUCAGGUCCCGCUUCGUGUUGAUAACUUGGAUUCAGAGUUUCUUAUUAAAUUAUUUGUGUUAUGCAGACCUGAAAUCUAAUUCUAUCUUUUGGUAUGUUAGGAUUAUAAAUACGGCCAAUUAAAUUCUAUUUUUUUAUUAUUAUUUAUGCACAUACCUAAAGCACUCACUGGCUCAAGGAAAGAGCACUUGUUAAAUUAUCUUUUAAAAUAUAUAACCAGACUUUUAAAUGAUACGUCCCUCAGGGUUAUUUUUAUUAAAGUUUUUCCCUUCCUCCCUCCCUCCCUCCCUCCCUCCCUCCCUCCCAAAGAGUGGGAACCGCAGGAUGUUGCCGUCCGUCCCAUGCCUUCUGGAGCAGCGGGGCCCGGGGGACGCAGGAGGCGCUCGGCACCCACCCAUGGCCCCCAGGAGCCUCUUGCUGCCCGAGGGGCCCUCCUGGGCCGCUCCGGGCUCUGUGCAGGGUGGCGGUGCCCCCCGGGACGGUCUGCAUGCCGCCUUGGCCAGGGGAGGGCGGGAGCGUGCAGAGCUGCCGUGCCCCGCUCUGGGGACCACCCUUCGUCCUGUUGUGCUGUUUAAAUUGGACAUUUUAGCAAAGUGCACUAAUAGUUUUUAGUGGACAGUGUUGGCAGAGAGAGUGGUAAGCAGUUCACCCUCAGCUGGGCGAGUCCUCCUCCCGCGGUAUCGCGUCUGCAUCUUCAGUGUUCGUAUUAGAGAGGGCUCCCCUCCCUCAGUGCGGCAGGUCCUCCUGACCUGGAAUGGCUUCCUUGAUCCGCACAGGUGUCGACACCUCAGAAGGGCUUCCUGACUUAUCCCUCCAAAUUCCAGAUUCUAAACAUGUGCUGACAUACGAUGAAAACGUUUCUUCAAUGGCUCAAGGCUGUGCUGUCGGGCUUUAAGAAAACUCAUUUCCGAUGAAUGUGCAAGCGGUUGGUUUUACGCACGCCUACCGGUACCUUCUCAGGUCAAGUCCUGCUGUAACCGGAUCGGGCCCCAGAGCCGUGGAAUGUUCUGGGCACCUGCUGGCCCGCGAAGGGCUCCUUCCAACCCAAAAUGUAGCUUGCUGCUUUUAUGAUGGUACCCAGUUGUAAUAAAGGCAUUUUGUACAAUUGUACUUAGUAAAAA